AUUUUUACAAAUUUUCCUGGGCACAUAGUAGGUGCAUAUAUUUAAGUGGAUUGUGUUGUAUGAUUUUAAUUGUAUCUCAGUAUAUCUGGUUUCUAAGCAGAAUAAAACAGAAAUUAUUCUUGUCAUGAUAAAAACAAUCCAAAAAAGUGUGGCAGGCCCAAACUCGAGAUCUACCUAUUUGGGAAAUGUUUUUUCCAAUAAUUUAAAAGUUGUGAAAAACUCAGUUCUCAGAGCUAGGUGAUAAUGAGGAAGUAAAUUGCUCUCUAAUAAAUCAUUAGUUAACUUUCCUCCUUCAAACUACUACUGAUUGCAGUGAUGCAGUUUCUACCUAGAGUCUGUAACAUGUAGAAUGACAAAUAUGUGCUUGUGACAUCGUUCCCAUGUCACUUCAGAAACAGUUUGCUCGUGAUAUUUUGGGUUAGAUGAUUCAAAUAGGAAAGAAACAUUUUGAUCCUAAGUAUGUAUAUCUCUUCAAAUUAAAUGUUAAUUUCAAUUAAAAUCUUUUAUUUAAUCACUAACAACACCAUUAAACAGUCAAUAACAUGUGACUGUUUGCUUCUUCUACUCCUCCCUUGCAACAUCACAGAGGUCCAUUUGUUCACACAAAACCCACAUGAAAAUAGGACUCAGUGUUUCAUAUUGCAUAGCUUAUUGAGUACGUUUAGAAGAAUUUUGCCUCCAAAAUUAAACCAGAAAAUAUGACUCAGUGAGAACGCAUGGUGGCGCUGCAGGCUAAGAUGACGGAAAAUACAAUUGCCUACCCAGCUCCACGAUCCAGCAAACCGUUUCCCAAAGCCUGGAAGCAAAAGAAUAGCUGAGCCAGAGCAAAUGCGAGUGUGAAACCUCUUUAAGACACCACUGAGCUGCUUGGUUCUGACAUUCUGGACUGCAAAACCGUGCUACUAGGAUCCUGGGGGUACAUGAAGCUUCUGUGAGCCAAGUUUUCAAGAAAGAGCAAUGGAGAUUGGAUGGAUGCACAAUCGGAGACAAAGGCAAGUCCUUGUUUUCUUUGUUUUGCUGAGCUUGUCCGGGGCGGGCGCCGCGUUGGGGCCCUAUUCCAUAGUGGAGGAAACCGAGAGAGGCUCUUUUGUGGCAAAUCUAGGAAAAGACCUGGGGUUGGAGUUGACAGAGAUGUCCAGCCGCGGGGCCAGGAUCAUUUCCCAGGGGAACAAACAGCAUUUGCAGCUCAAGGUUCAAACUGGGGAUUUGCUCAUAAAUGAGAAGCCAGAUCGAGAGGAGCUAUGCGGUCCCAGUGAGCCUUGCAUACUACAUUUCCAAGUGCUCAUGGAAAACCCUUUAGAAAUAUUUCAGGCUGAACUGAGGGUGAUAGAUAUAAAUGACCAUUCUCCCGUGUUCAAUGAGAAGGAAAUGGUUCUAAAAAUACUGGAAAACAGUCCUCUAGGAACUGAGUUCCCUCUGUAUCAUGCUGUGGACAUGGACGUAGGAAGCAAUAAUGUUCAAAAUUAUAAUAUCACCCCAAAUUCCCAUUUUGGGGUUCUAACCAGAGAACGCAAUGAUGGCAGGAAAUAUCCUGAGCUAGUGUUGGAUAAAGAGCUGGAUCGGGAGGAGGAGCCUCAACUAAGAUUAACCCUGACAGCGCUGGAUGGGGGUUCUCCACCGCGAUCUGGAACCGCCCAGGUCCGCAUUGAAGUGGUGGACAUCAACGAUAACGCCCCUGAGUUUGAGCAGCCCAUCUACAAAGUGCAGAUUCCAGAGAACAGCCCCCUUGGCUCCCUGGUUGCCACCGUCUCCGCCAGGGAUUUAGACAGCGGAGCCAAUGGGAAAAUAUCAUACACACUCUUUCAGCCUUCAGAGGAUAUCAGUAAGACUUUGGAGGUAAAUCCUAUGACGGGAGAAAUUCGACUGAGAAAACAAUUAGAUUUUGAAACAACUAUGUCUUAUGAAGUGGACAUCAAGGCCACAGAUGGGGGAGGUCUUUCAGGAAAGUGCACUCUUCUCCUGCAGGUGGUGGACGUGAAUGACAAUCCUCCACAGGUGACCAUGUCUGCACUCACCAGCCCCAUCCCAGAGAACUCGCCAGAGAUUGUAGUUGCUCUUUUCAGCGUUUCAGAUCCUGACUCCGGGAACAAUGGUAAGAUGAUUUCUUCCAUCCAGGAAGACCUUCCCUUUCUUCUAAAACCCUCAGUCAAGAACUUUUACACCUUGGUAACGGAGAGAGCACUCGACAGAGAAGCAAAAGCUGAAUAUAAUAUCACCCUCACCGUCACAGAUAUGGGGACUCCAAGGCUGAAAACGGAAUACAACCUAACAGUGCAG